CCCGAGCAGCUUGGAGACGCGCAGCAGCCCUGGCCGAGCCACCGCUUUACGGCAAUCGUGAAAGUGUCGUGAACGUGCUGCCGCCUAUCCGUCACUCAGUCGCCUGGGCUCGGAGUUGCUAUUUCUAGGCUUGUGCUUGUUGGGUCGGGGUAAAUAGCUACAGAAGACUACCAAACAAGAUAAAUCAUUAUCUCCAAGUAAAAGAAAACUAAGAUCCAUGAGUGGGCAUCGGUCAACAAGGAAACGAUGUGGAGAUUCCCACCCAGAGUCCCCUGUGGGCUUUGGGCAUAUGAGUACUACAGGGUGUAUAUUAAAUAAAUUGUUUCAGUUACCAACACCACCACUGUCAAGACACCAAUUAAAACGGCUGGAAGAACAUAGGUAUCAGAGUGCUGGACGGUCCCUGCUCGAACCCUUAAUGCAAGGAUACUGGGAAUGGCUAGUUAGAAGAGUACCCUCAUGGAUUGCCCCAAAUCUCAUCACCAUCAUUGGACUAUCGAUAAAUAUCUGUACAACUAUUUUGUUAGUCUUCUACUGCCCUACAGCUACAGAGCAGGCACCUCUUUGGGCAUACAUUGCUUGUGCAUGUGGCCUUUUCAUCUACCAGUCUUUGGAUGCUAUAGAUGGGAAACAAGCAAGAAGAACCAAUAGUAGCUCUCCUUUGGGAGAACUUUUUGAUCAUGGCUGUGACUCGCUAUCAACAGUUUUUGUGGUUCUUGGAACUUGUAUUGCAGUGCAACUUGGUACAAAUCCUGACUGGAUGUUUUUUUGUUGUUUUGCUGGGACAUUCAUGUUCUAUUGUGCACACUGGCAAACAUAUGUUUCUGGAACAUUGAGAUUUGGAAUAAUUGAUGUGACAGAAGUGCAAAUCUUCAUAAUAAUCAUGCAUUUGCUGGCAGUGAUUGGAGGACCACCUUUUUGGCAAUCUAUGAUUCCAGUGCUGAAUAUUCAAAUGAAAAUUUUUCCUGCACUUUGUACUGUGGCAGGGACCAUAUUUUCCUGUACAAAUUACUUCCGUGUAAUCUUCACAGGUGGUGUUGGCAAAAAUGGAUCAACCAUAGCAGGAACAAGUGUCCUUUCUCCUUUUCUCCAUAUUGGAUCAGUGAUCACCUUAGCUGUUGUGAUCUACAAGAAGUCAGCAGUUGAGCUGUUUGAAAAGCACCCAUGUCUUUAUAUACUGACAUUUGGUUUUGUGUCAGCUAAAAUCACUAAUAAGCUUGUGGUUGCACACAUGACGAAAAGUGAAAUGCAUCUGCAUGACACAGCAUUCAUAGGUCCAGCACUUUUGUUUCUGGACCAGUAUUUUAACAGCUUCAUUGAUGAAUAUAUUGUACUUUGGAUUGCCCUGGUCUUCUCCUUCUUUGAUUUGAUUCGUUACUGUGUCAGUGUUUGCAAUCAGAUUGCAUCUCACCUGCAUAUACAUGUCUUCAGAAUUAAAGCCUCUGCAGCUCACACUAAUCAUCACUAACGAUGUGACUGGGGUUCUGUUAAGCUCGUGUUUUCUGCAGGAAAGAAUCCGAACAUGUUAAGGAGAAUGGGGGUGGAUAAGAACAAAUGUAAUUUAUAAUAAUCAAUGUUAUAUAACUUUCAUUCUUUGUCACUGGUAACACUCCCUAACUGUCCUGUUAAGAAUGGGAAUGUCAGGUCCUGUCCUGUAAAGUCAACAUGUUGUCACACAGAGUUUGGCUCCAGAAAGCAUGCAGGGAAAAUGCCAUGUGUUGUGAUUAUCCUGACUUCAGACUAUCAGUCGGAGGAGCGUAUUCCCAAUGGUGGUGAUUCUAAUGUACAAUUUUUACAGGCCAAACGAUGGUUGCUCUAUAAUUUUAACAAAUCGUCAUCUUUUAGUGACAUCUUGUUUAUUGUCUUCUCAGACUUUGUUUUGUAAGGAACUCAGCUUGUGACAUUUACAGCCUACUAGCUUGUGAGGUGAGAUCUGUCAUAAAGACCUUAAAUUUGGAUGGAAAGGGUUCCUGUCUGUAUAUUGUUGAGGAAGUGAUUUUAUUAUUGAUCAAGAAAUGGUGUUUCUCACGGGCUUGGGAAAUCUUGGCUAGCAUGCAGAUAAUGUGGUAACUUUGUCAAUCCAUUUUAUUUUUUUAAAUAAAUAUAUGAUCUCAGA